AUGGAGUGGAAAGGACUCUGGAACUACGUGGAGAACCUCAUCCCGGGGAAGUCCCGCUCUCAGGAAAGUGUAGACCGGGGGGACUCGAACUCGCAGGACUCUGAAGACUCGCAAGACACGCCGCCCUCCCCCUGCCGCGGCGGGGCUCGGCGCUACCCUGUCAUGUCGGCGCGCAGGGGGGCAGGGGGGAAGCGAGCCUCUGACAGUGAGGAGGACGAAGAGGAGUUCGAAGACUCCGAAGAUGGAAACGAAAGAGACGAGGGCGAGGAGGAGGAGGCUGGGGCUCGUGCGAAAGCAGUUGCGGACGAGGAGGUGGAUGAGGACGAGGACGAGGAAGGGGACAUCGACGGCGACGGCGUCUCAAGCUCUCCCUCGGACUCGAGUGACUUCGAGGACUCGGAGGGCGUCGACACGGAGAUCGAAAACAACACCGUGAGUGAGAACAGCGACGGCGGCAAAAAGGGCAGUGGAGCCUCGACGCCCGCCUCCACCUCUUCCUUCACCACCAACCCUUCCUCUGGUUCAACCAACCUCUCCUCCUCCUCCACCUCGGGCUCCACCGACUCCACCUCCAGCUCCACCAGCAGCGGGAGCGAAGAAAACAGCGCCGACGAGGAGGGACGCGACGGCAGCGAGAGCCCAGAGUCCUCCGCUGGAAACCACGAAACCAAACUCGAAGAAAGCAAAGCCAGUGAUAAAAGCGGUGACAAAAACAUAGAGAGAAAACCGAACGGUGAAGUACCUCAACACGAUCACAGUGACAGUGACGGUGACCGUGAAUGCAGCGAAAAGACAUGCAAGGACCCAUCUCUAGCCAGUGAAAAGGACCUGUCCAUCGCUAGUGAAAAGGGCCCAUCCCUGGACAGUGAGAAGGCCCCAUCUUUGUCUAGCAAGAAGGACCCAUCCCUGGACAGCGAGAAGGGUGAGGGCCAAGAAGAGACAGAGGCCGAAGGAGAAGGGACCUGGGAGACCAGUGAAGGCGAAGACCCGAUGGAAAACCCGAAGGACGCGAAGACGAGCGUGAACGUCGCGAUCCUAACGGCGUCCAGGCGGCGCAAGAAGGACGAAGCCAGGAAGGAGUGCCGGCAGGCGGACGUCCGAGGCAAGAUCAGGAGUCUAGAAGAAUGCAAAGUCGAGGCGAGUGGGACGACCCAGGAGGAGACGGAAUCCACGGCGAAUGGGAAGCGUGAGAAAACUGAUAACGAUGGGGUCGGAAAGAAUCGGAGGAGGCGGAGGGGAAGAGGUGAAGAUAUGGAAGUAGAGGAUAAAAAUGGAGGGAAGGUACUUGAAAAGGAAGGGGGCGCAGAAGAAAAAACUGCGACGGAUGCCGGAAAUGAAGAUGGAGAUGAGGAAAAUGCAAAGAAUAAUGAAACUGAAGAAACAAAUGAAGGGAAAGAGGUAGAAACUGACACGGUCAAGGAAUCUGCCACUAAAAGCACGGACGAAGACAAAGACAAGAACACAUGUAAGAAAGUGACCUGUAGAAGAGCCGAUUCGAAGAAGGGGAGAGGCCGAGGAAAGCUUGAUAAAGGGCGCAGUCAGUGGCUGGUCUCAACGGAACAGGCCGAGAGAGGAGGGAGCCGAGAAUACGACAGGAGGAUGGAAGUAGCGACGAGUGAAAAUAGCUGUGGCGAGGAGGAGGCAACGAAGUGUGGAAAAAACGAGAGAUGCGGUCAAGAGUCGCGUGCGGGGAGGACGGAGACUCCUCCGGCAGGCGAGGAGAGCCAGGCCGACUCGGGGAAAGAGAGGAGCGCAGACCCAGACGGCGGAGAGGCGCGGCGGGAGACGGAGGAGAAUGAGACACGGGGCGAGCGACCGCAGAGCGAAAAUUCCGAUAACGACGAAGACUUCAGCGCGGAAGAGGCGCGGGCGAGGGGCGAGGGCGAGGCGCACGAGAAGGACGGCGACAACCGGCCCGCCAGAAGGACCUACGACAGACUCAACGCGAGGUUCUCCGACAUCGCUAAGAAGAUCAUGAAGGAGGUGCAGGAGAGCAGGAGCGAGUACAGGAGGCCCCAACCCAAGCCCAGGUCCUUCAGGAGGACUUGGGAGGAGAAGGCGGAUGGGGCUUCCCGCGUCACACACACCAUCGAGGAGACCACGUCGAGAAUCCUAGAGGUGUCCUCGGGGUCCAGGAGCUCGUCGCUGACGACGAAGGAGAUCCUCGUACGACCCGCCAGCGGUGAUUCCGAAACCAGGAUAUCCGUGAGCUCUUCUCGAGACACGUACGACCCCUUCUACCACGACAGAACGACCCGUAAGUAUUCCAAGUUUUCUGACAGUACAAGUAGGUUCACAAGGUCGUCCGCGGUGCCUAGGGACACCUCAGGAUCGAGGGAAGGCAGUUCCGAGACGCUUCUCUCGUGCAUGAAGGGCUCGAAGCUUCUGAAGGCGCAGGACGACGACUCCGCUCGCGGGAGCACGUCGGAGGGCGAGGGAGACUCCCCCAGGACAACGGAGGGCGAAGGAGACUCCCCCAGGACGACGGAGCGCGUGAGAAAGCUCUCGGUGACCUUCCAGAACGACGCAAAAUCCCCUCCUCCGCCGACGUCGUCGUCCUCGUCAGAAGCUCUCCUCGAGGAGCAAGGUGCUGGUGGUCGUUCUAUCGUCACAUCUUCAUCCGUGACCAGGGGGAACGUGGAACCUGAGCCAGGUGAUCCUAAAAGCUCCGUGGCCGCGGACAUCUGCACGUCUUCCAGAGGCGCUGACGUCGUUGAACAUUUAGCGGUGACUUCCGGUGACGUCACGGAACCAGUUGAUGACGUCACAAACAACAACAAAAGAACACGUAUUUAUUCUAGAAGCAGCUCGGCUUCACAUGACUCUAGGACACCGUCUCGUGAAACUCUAGAAAAUGCAGUGAACGAAAAUAAAGAAAACGGCGAAAGUAAGACAGAAAGUGAGCGAAAUUGCGCGGAGGUGAAGGGAAGAGGAGAAGGAAGGAGGAGCGAGUCGCGAGCGCGCCCGAGAGAACAGGAUAGACCCGUCGGCCGUAGUUCCUCCGAGGAUGACGUCGAUCAGGAUAGCUUGGAGGGACCAUGGGCGACGCCCCAGCUAGCCAAGGUCGUGCAGGAGCUGGUCGUGUCGCGGAAAUUCAGCAUGACGACGGCGCAGGUGAAGAAGCGGCAGCAGAACCUCGGCCGUCUCGACGUCUCCCAGAAGGAUCGAACGGUGAUUUUCGACAGCUCAAGGUUUCCUCGGAACGGAAGCGAUAAGGACAGCGAUCCCCGGCAGGAGCGAGAGGCAGCGAAGGGCGACGCGCAGGAGGAAGCAAAGGGCGCGCCUAAAUGGUCCGGCAGAGCUCGAAGCAACGGCCGGAACGGAGUCGCGUGGCAGCCAACGGCGAGGAAGGGAAGGCGGAGGAAGAGCAUUGAAGGCGACGGGAGCCAGUCGGAGGCGUCGACAGACAGCCAUGCCCCCGGGGAGGAGAGCGCCGCCACUCAGGAAGGGCGGCGGCACUUCACCAAACACAGCUGCGUCAAAGUUAGCAAAACGGAGACCAAGAGAAGCGGUGGAGGCGGACCCAGGGGGAAGUACCUUGCGUGGGCGAACGAAAACCACAAGGGGGACUCGCGGGGGGCGGGGAACAAGGACGAGAGUAAGGUCAUGCCUUCCCCCAGGAUCGAGAGGAUGUGUCGCUCGCCCCAACUCCACAAAGGCCGCAUGUUUAGCAGCCACAGGCGAGACUCCUCGAGUAGCCGCACAUCCCCGAGACAGUCCCCCAUAGGGUCGCGGUACCAGAGUCCCCCCGGGGCCGUCUCGCCCAGGCUGGGGUCUUCGUCCAGAGUGGGGUCGCCCAGACCUGACUCGCCAAGGAUAGGCUCCUCGCGCUCGGCCUCUCCGAGGAGGAUGUCGCCGCGAGUGUCUCCGAGGAUCGGCCUAAGAUCCUCACCCACGAAAUUCGUGACUUCCCGGACGUCCCCCAUCCCCGCCUCCCCGAGGAUCGUGAAACCUAUCGUGACCUACGGGUGCCAGAGGUCACCCAGAUCCACCUCAACCUUCGAUCGCCAAAGAAGCCUAAGCGUGGAUAAAAUGAGGAACGGCAGAGCGCCAGACUUCCUCCAGAAAAUAAGAGCGAACAAGGAAAACGCAAAGACGGCAAAAGACGGUAGUCCCCCGUCAACUUCACCCGUGGAGAAAAGAGACCCCGGGCGAGCCGUGAGGGAAACCAUGAAAGAAGGGAAGGAAAUUCUCUUCUGUGCAAAGGACAACCUCAACGAUGCAGAGGACGGCGCCACGUCCCCGGGUGAGGAGACACUCGGGAGCAUUGCCACAGGGACCCCAAAGCCCUUGAAAGCUUUGCGGAGGGAGAUGUCCGACUGCCGCCAGCGCCUGGAGUCCUUCGUGGAGAGCCGGGCGAUGCAGGAGCAGCGUCAGCAGCGCUACAUCCUCAUCACCUCCAAGAUGAGCGGAAAACUUGACUCGGAAAUCAUCCAGUUUUUCGAGUCUCAGCAGCAGAAGCCUCGAGAGAUCCUCAGGAACGAGAAGGUGCUGCAUGAGCACUUCCGGGCAGGUUCCAAGAGCGACCUCCGGAGGGCGUCGGGAUCCAGCUUCCGAAGCAAGUCGGCAAGCACGGAGGGCGACAAGUCCUCAGAGGACGCGAAGGAAGGGUCUGAGGACGACGCCACACCUGAGGCAACGCACGACGUCAGCUUCACGAGGGACGUCACACGCGACGCCUUUCCCUUCCUGGCGAAGGCGGCCAAGGAAUUAAGCGAGGAGGAAGGCACAGAGGAAGAUUCUGGAAGGAGACGCAGCAGACCGGGCACCGAGGGAAAGCGGGAAGGACGGGAAAAACUGAAGAGUCAGCCAAAAGUCAUAGAGAAGGAGGAGACUGAGAGGAAAAGUCUCCCCGUCGAGGAAGAGGCAAAGGAGAGAAACAGUCACUUGUAUGACACCGUUGCAGACGAUAAGAGUGACGACGCGGCGACCGCCCUGCCCUCUCGCGACGAGACUUGCAAUCACGCGAGCAUUACCGAUCACACCGGAUCUGUGAACACAAUACCUGAUGAUGGUAACUUGAGCCCGGGCCAAGGUAAAGAUACCAUCGCCGGAGGGGAGAACAAGGAGGAGGAGGUGGAGGAAGAGGAGGCAACGGCCGGAGGGGAAUUAGAUAAAGACGUUACGAAUAGAGGAGACACAGGGAAGCGAGAGGAGAGUAUGAAUGAAGAUGAUACUAACGAAGAAGGUGGAAGCGAUGAGAAGAGCGGUGAAAUAUUGACCAAGGCUUUGAGUACGACAUCGCUGGAGACGGCAGCUUUUGAAGAGGAGGAAAGAGGUAUCCUUGAAGAUGAGAAGGUCGACGUGGAGACGAGAGUGAAGAUAUGUGAGGAGACACUGAUUAGCAGGACUGACAACGUGCUCGUGAACGAAAGCGUGAGGGAAGAAAGGAGGUACGAGGAAGGGCCGGCGAAGGUGAAGAAGGGGAUAGUGAAAGAAAUCAUCAUGCAGAAGGAGGAGGAAGCGAAAAGCAAAAUCGAGGAGACGCACAAGGCACAGCAGGGGAUGCGGGGCGACAUUUCCCCCACCUCACCCAAGGGGAAGGACGAGACGCCGCAAGAUGACGCAGGAACCAAGGUCGACGCGGCUCCCCGAAAGCCAGACGCCGACGGCCACCCGAGGGCAUCCCCGGGAUUAGCGUCGAACAGAGACGCAGCGGCGACGAACGCGGCCGUGGGGGAGGGGGAGGGGGAGGACGUGAGCGUGGGGUCGAAGGAGAGCCCGGCGGGGGUCAGAAGGUUUUCUCGUCGCGGCGAUUCUUCGAUGAACCUCGCAUCCCAAAGAACCCCUCUUGAACCCUCGGCCGAAGAGAAAAGCGAAAGAAAAGACGCGCAGGCUGAGGGGACCGUGAGGAGUCCACUGCUCAGGAGGACAGUGCAGAGUAAGGAAACCCGUACAGUUGAGUUUAACUUCGUUAAGGGCAAAGGUUUAGUGAGGGAAGAAAGAGUAGUGUUUAGAGGUGCACGGGACUUGCAGGAAGAUGUGUCGAACGAAGCCUCUGUGGGUGACAAACAAAUGGAAGCCUCGCAGCCAAAGGAAGAAACCAAAGAGGACGCUGAGGGACAGGACGCCGAAGAGCAGAGCGCGGAAGAGCUGGACCAGAAUGAAACACUGACGGCCGAGGACGAGCGACAUGAUGAGGUUGCAGUCUCUGAGGAGGACGGGAGAGAGGACGUCGUGGAAGCUGUUGUGACGAAGACGGAAACUUCAGGUGGUGAGGACGUCGAGGUGCCUCACAACACGGAAACCAGAGGAUCAGAUGAGCAAGUACCUGAGCACAUGUAUGCAAAUAUCCUUCCUCCUCCCGCGAGAGUCAUCAGGGAUGAGCCGAAAGAGGUCACUGCCCCGCCACGAGAGGAGGAAAUGGAAGACCAAAGAGUGCCUAACCGCACGACCACCGCGCGCAGGCUAAUGUCAGGUCACAGGCGGUUGACCAAGACGAUAUCCGAAGGGAGUUUUGUCGCCGCCGAUGAAGCCAGCGGGACGGAAAGAUCUCGCCCGCCUUCGAUCAGGAGAAGCCGGACCGAGAGCGAAUUUCUCACCGACCAGCUGGCGGCCGCGGCGACGUCGAGCGCCGAACACAAGUCCGCCGUGAGCCACAUCUUCACGCGCGGAGUGUCGGGGAAGGUGAGGAUGAAGAGCCGGAGUGUGGAGAACAUCCGGCUCUCCAGUCUCAGCUGCGUUGAGAUCACCAACCCCAUCGACAGCGCGCCGCUCCCGAAGAGCAGCUCGGCCUGCCGCAUUGUGGGCGUCCUCAAGAAGAAGGACUCGAGGGAGAACGUCCUCGAGCUCAUGUCCCCCUCCAAGAACGACGAACACGAGGACGAGGGCGAAGCCGAGCCACAAGAUAACAUUGAAACAACGAAGGAAGAAGGAAGAGAAGAAGAAAAGAAUGAGGAUCAAGCAGAAGUACUGAGUGACCUCAAACUUUCAAAUGAUGACAACCUUCCUGUAGAGGAAUCACCUGUCGAGGAAGCCAUACCAUCAUUGUCUUCUGAGGAAAAUAUCAAAAACGAAGUUUUGGAACCGAUUGAGACAGAGGUUAUUCAGCCAAUAGAAGACCUUCCGGAGGAAUUCCCGACACCACAGGAUAACUCUAAAGGUACGAACAUGUCUGUAAUCAGUAGUGCACCAAUUGACAGUCACAUUUACGAGAACGUCCCAGACGUUUUGUUCUGCAGGAGCGGAACAGCAGAGGUUCCGACACAGUUUAUGGACCAUGAACUAGAACAUACCUCCACACCCAUAGAUCAUUCCAGAAAACUUGUAGCGAAAGUUGUCCACAUUUACGAGAACCUUCCUCCUCCGGGGGUCUUGCUUGAAACUUCUUUUGGGGAUGUAGGUAACAUGGGGGAAUUCCUGCCGUUGCAAGAUGUGUGCGUGUCCAAAGAAAAUACCUACGAGGAGUGCGUUGCUAACGAGCAAAGGGAUUCGGAGCCCAAAUUCAUAGAUCUGAAAACCGCCGAAUCAAGCAUUCUCAGUCCGAGAAUCAUGGAGUCCAACACCGUCGAACCCAAAAUCACAGAACUUAGAUCCGAGGCCAGGGUCAUCGAGACCAUAGAGCCUCCCAUGACGCCUGUGGUGACAGGGAAGCCCCCGAAGCCCUCCUCCGACGCGUUAUCAGUGCGUCGCCCGACUUACGAGAAAGCCUCGCUCAGGAGGAAGCAGCCCGAGUCGGAGAGUCGUGUCGAGAAGCAAAAAUCCAACUACAUGCGGCAGAAGGGCGUCCGCGUCGGUAUCCUGAAGAAACAAAAAUCGGACAUAACGGGAGUGAGACUGCAGAAGCUCCACUACUUCGACAGCGAGCUCCCCGGCGAGCGCAGGCGGUCCUAUUCCAUCGGGGGAGACCCCAGGAAGGGCUCCAAGCACGGCAAGGGGGACGCAGACAAGGAGCAGGCGUCUCACACGUCUGAGAGUUCUCACGACCUCGACACUUCGGAGGCGUCGAGGCCUGAGAUGCGCGACUUGGAUAGGCGGUGUCAUAGUUCCAUUAGUGCUAGUAGUAAUACUAGUAAGAGUAGCCGCAUAGAUAGAAUUCUUCAGAGUUGCGCACCCUGCAUUUCUAGCAACACGAGCUCGAUGUUAGAUCUGUCUGUUAGGUCGGGAGUCCACACGAUCGGCGAAGAGUCCGGCGAUGAGGACGACGACACGUACAGAGGGCAAAUCAGUCCUCCACGUCAGAAAGCGGCAGAGCAAGUGGCACCUCCGAGGGGCAUGGAGUGA